GGAAGCCGGCACAAUUUAUUGGCUUAUUAGUUACGGCGCGGACGCCACCGAAAGAACGGUCACGACCGGUCAGUAUGGUGGAUUUUAUGUUUUUUGCGCUCUCCUCCCACCACCCUUCUUUCUUUUUCUUUUCGAAAGGAAAAUCGUCUUUCUUUGCAUCUCGUUUUCCCAUGCCCGCUCGAAACGGUUUCGGGGGAAAAAAGGGAACCCGAGUGCCAGAAGUGAAUGCGGUGUACGCCUGUGAUGUAAUGGACACAAUGAAGAAUGGACGCUUCUAUGCGUUUUUGGGUGGUUGUACGGAUGUGCGGAGAUUACUGUGAUUGGUGUAUUGGGUAGUCAGUGAUGCUGUGAUUUGUUUUUUAAAUCGAACUUAAAUUGCUACGUCCGGUAGCGGUGUACGAAACAGAUAAACAAAACAAAAACCCCCCCCGAAGACUAGUGAUGUGACUAAAGUGUUCAGCGUAGUGCAUUUAAAGCAAAGCAUCGAAGGUUCCUCGCCUAUCGCAUCACCGAAUCUUUCUCCCAACGGCCAAAAAGAAAAGCGCAACCGCGCCGGCCACUAACGACCGGCCGUCUCCACCCGCAAACACAAUGCAACUGCUCGGUCAAACGUCAUCGUUAAGCGUGCUGCUAGUGCUGCUGCUGUUGCUGUGCCACGAAAACAAAUUCCACCGGUGGAAGGUGAACGCGGCGAUCAGCGCCUUUCAGCCGACCAUCUUCGACAAUGCCCAGUGGCGCGUCAUCUUUCACCUGUACCGCAACGUCACGAUGAUGAUGGCCGGCCGGACCGGCUACAAGACGAGCGGCAAAUUUCUGCAGAAGAAAAUCCCGGACACCGUACCGUUCCCGUGUGACGUGGCGGUCGGCCGCAGUCCGGAACCACCGACCAGCGUCCACAAGCUGCGUCCCGGUGACAUAAACGUGGUGGCUGCGAUCGGUGAUUCCGUCAUCACUGCUAGCGGUGCAUCGGCCACCAGCUUCCUGCAACUGUACACCGAAAACCGUGGCCUGUCGUGGUGCAUCGGCGGUCAGUGGGGUUGGCGCAAUGCUACCACCCUGCCGAACAUACUGAAAAUGUUCAAUCCGAAGCUCAUUGGAUAUUCGUACCGGGAUUCGUACAGCUUCCACUGGGACUCACAGUUUAACAAUGCGGAGAUUGGAGCCGUCUCGAAGGAGCUACCACACAUGGCCGCCCAGAUGGUGACACGCAUCCGCACCGAUGGGCGGGUUAAUUUUAAGAAGGACUGGAAGUUACUUACGAUCACGAUCGGUGGUAACGAUAUCUGUGCGUACGUGUGCACACUCAAAGAUCCCGAAUCGCUUCCGAUGCAGCAUCGAAGAUCGCUGCUCAAGAUGCUCCGGUAUCUGCGUGAUAAUUUGCCCCGGACGCUGGUUAACAUUGUGUCCGUACCGGACGUGUCGACGGUGGUUUCGAUCAAGAAGAAGCCGAUGAUGUGCUGGAUCCUGCACCAUGCCGAGUGUCCGUGUUGGAUCGGUCCACUGCACAACUCUACCAAAGAAUCCAGAGCUAGAUGGGCUCGAAUACAGAUGCAGUACCGAAAGGUAGAGGAGGAAGUCGCCAUGCUGGACGAAUUUCGUGGACUCGACGAGUUUGCCGUCGUACAUCAGCCGUGGACGAGGAACCUUUCGCUCAUGAAAGGAAAUGAGGUCGACUACUCACUUCUCUCGUACGACUGCUUCCAUAUGAGUCAGAAAGGCCACGCACAAGCGGCCGUCGCCUACUGGAACAAUCUUUUGGAACCGCCGGGGAAAAAGAGUACGGGCUGGAAGCCAGGCAUCGACGUCUUUCGUUGCCCUUCGAAGGAAUCCCCGUAUAUCUACACCUACGACAACAGUUAGGCGGUAGUAACCCUAGGGGGAGGUUCCCUUAACUACACAUAACACACACACACACUCUCAUAUUGGGGGACAUACAUACAAAAAAACACACACAUAGGGAAAGCACAAAAAGGGUUGUUUUAGGUUAAAUAAAAGUCCGGUUCCGAAAUCCAAUCGAA